UGUCCGAUAUUGCGGGCUACGAUGCCUGAAAUGCAGAACUACUGAAGACCAAAUCACGGAAUAUCAGAAACAUUUCACUGUUCCUCAAAUGGGUGGGCAGGUAUCCCGUAAUAAUCUACAUGAAGGAGGGUCCUUUUACUGCCACCCUCUGAAGGAGAGCAUGUAUCCAGAUCCGCAAGCCCCUUUGCCACUCUCUUUCCAUUCCAACACAAAAGGUUCUCAGAUCCUAAUGGACAAGACACAGCGCUGCGUGCGCCGAAUUGCCAGCUUUUGUAAUGCCAUCACUUUCACCAACCGACCUGUCAGAAUCUAUGAACAGGUCCGGCUGAAGAUCACAAAGAGACAAGGUUGCUGGAGUGGUGCACUUCGAGUGGGGUUCACUACGGUGGACCCAUCUGAUCUAAGUUCAUCCUGGCUGCCACGAUUUGCUUGUCCAGAUCUGGUUUGCGAGAGAGGAUUUUGGGCCAGAGCGCUUCCCGAGGAGCAGUGUGAAGAGGGAACCAUUCUCUCCUUUUGGUUGGAUAAUACAGGGCAAGUGUUUUACCAGGUUAAUGAGUGCUCUGCGAUCGUCUUCUUUAGUGGUGUACCAGCUGGAGAGCCAGUAUGGGCGAUCAUUGACAUUUACGGGCUGACACGUGGAGUGCAGCUACUUGACAGUAAGAUGGUCCCAGCUGAAUAUUUCAGUCCUGCUGUUACUAAUGAAGUGAUGGAUGACUGGCACCUGUCAAGCAACUGCUCCCAGACUGACCUACAGGAAGAUCUGCCAUCCUUCUCAAGCUCCCCAAAUUCCCUUAACUCAGUGCUGUCACCUCAGCUCCACAAUGACUUGCAUUUUCACUGUGUCCAUGGCAACGGUCUACGUUUGCUGACAGAACACAUAGCAGUACGUUAUUACAACAGGCAUGAGGACUGCACUUUGGUGUUCACACAUCGACCUUUGCGCUGUGGAGAAUGCGUUUUCUUAAAAGUUUUAUUGAACUCUCAAACAGUGAUACCAACUCUGAAUAGUUUUUUGUCUUAUGGAUUCACUUCCUGUAAUCCAGCCCACAUUAACCCAAAGCAUUUAGCGGUCAGUCCAGAGGACCUGUUGGACCGAAGGGAAUUCUGGGCUUUUGGCUGCCUCACUUCACCACUCAUGGGUGGAGAUAUCAUUGGCUUUCGGGCAUCUGCAGAAGGGGAAGUGCUUGUGAGUCAUAAUGGAGGGAGAGCCUACCGAGAGAUUUGUGUGGUUAAUUCCACUCCUCUGUGGAUGAUCUUCAAUUUACAAACGCAUAUAAAGCAAAUCAGCAUACUGGGUACAUCCUGUGGUUACACUUCAUCUUCUUCUGAAAUUCACAUGACGGACAUUAGUAAUUGUGGUUAUCCCCCAGACAAUCAGAUUCACAGAACAAUAUUCAGGGGAUUUCUUAACAACUUUCAAACGCACCCACACAGCCACAGCAGUUCUGCAGGGACAACAUCCAACUCACUGUCCUCAGAAUCUCACAAAACCCCAUCAUGUUGUCCGAUUGCUGGAGAGGAGUGUUUGAUUUGCUGUGAGAGGCCAGUAGACUCAGUGCUGUAUGCAUGCGGACACAUGUCUGUGUGUUACAUUUGUGGUGGGAAGCUAAAGGAAAUGUCAAACCCGUCCUGCCCCAUGUGUCGCAGCCCAAUCAGAGACAUCAUCAAAAUAUACCGCAGCAUAACCUGGCCACCUGGCAUCCAGAAUUCCCUGUUAAACAUGUAAAUGUGGAUGGUGUGGUAU